AUGUCGCCUUCGCUUCUCCCCCCCGUCGCCUUCGAUUUCCCCGCGCGUCGCCUUCGCUUCCCCCGCGCGGAGCCUUCGCUUCCCCCGCGCGGAGCCUUCGCUUCCCCUGCGCGGAGCCUUCGCUUCCCCCGCACGGAGCCUUCGCUUCCCCCGCGCGGAGCCUUCGCUUCCCCGCGCGGAGCCUUCGCUUCCCCCGCACGGAGCUUGGGGAGGGAGGAGCGGGCAGUGAUGCUGGGCAGCUUCCCCGAGGACGAGGCGCGUCUGGGGGGGGACAGGCGGGGGAGGGAGGGGGAGAGGGAGGGCACGCGGGAGGGGGCCGGGGAGUGUUGGAGCGGAGUGAGAGCUACGACUCUCUGCUGUCAGACAUCAGCCGCGUCAGCUCCCUCGCUGAGAGGCGGAGGAGGAGGCGGAGGGGGAGGGGGAGGGGGAGUGGGAGGCGCGCUAGCCAUGCCCUUGCUCGUGGGCAUGGGCACGGGUGGCGGUGGUGCGAUGGAGGGUGCCUCGGGAGCGUACUGGGCGACGGAGGGGAGCAGCAGCAUGGGCGCCGGUGGUGCGUCGUCGGGUGCGUUCCUUGCAGUGCAAGGCAUGGGGGGCAGCAGCAGCCCCAUGGGCGGUCAGCAGCAGGGGGGGAUUUCCAGCAGCACGGGAGGGUAA